AUGUCUGCUAGCAACAAGAUUCUUUCUGAGAAGCCAUCCGAGUUGGAAUUGCAGGUGGCCCAGGCCUUCGUUGACCUUGAACAACAGUCCGACCUCAAGGCUGAGUUGAGACCUUUGCAAUUCAAGUCCGUCAGAGAAGUCGAAGUUAACGGUGGAAAAAAGGCUUUGGCCAUCUUUGUGCCAUGCCCAUCUUUGAUUGCCUACAGAAAGGUGCAAACUAGAUUAACCAGAGAGUUGGAGAAGAAGUUCCCCGACCGUCACGUUGUGUUCUUGGCCGAGAGAAGAAUCUUGCCAAAGCCUUCCAGAACAUCGAGACAAUUGCAAAAGAGACCAAGAUCCAGAACUUUGACUGCUGUCCACGACAAGCUCUUGGAGGACUUGGUUUUCCCUACUGAGAUUGUUGGUAAGAGAGUCAGAUACUUGGUUGGUGGUAACAAGAUCCACAAGGUGUUGUUGGACUCCAAGGACUCCACUGCCGUCGACUACAAGUUGGACUCCUUUGCACAAUUAUACACCAAAUUGACUGGUAAGCAGGUUGUUUUUGAAAUCCCCGGUGAAGUUUACUAA